AUGAAUGAGAAUCAGCGCAGCCGCCUUGAGCGUCUACCGAACGAGCUGAAGUCCAUCGUCGUCGUCUACCUUGGCGAUGCCCAGUCUACCAUGAACCCUGCUCUCACAGGACCCGAGUUCGACUCUCUUGUCACCAGCCGUGAGGUCACGAUCGCUACCACCAUGGUCAAGUCCUUCAUCGGAUCUGAGUUGAUGCCAAUUGCCUUGGCAAGAUACCACGCCGCGGCUACCAGUGAGCAAGACGCCCGAGAAGAAAGCAGCAAGUCACCUCUGUACGACCCGCAGCUCUUCUUCUCAUCCUUUCGCAACGGUCUUGCGGUCUCUCCCUCCGAUAGAGACAUUGUCAUGAUCACGGAAGUUCAGUUCACGCUGAAGACGGCUCGCAAGAUUCUGCAGUUGCACUCGGCCAUUAACUACUAUGCGCGGAGCUUGGCUUACCGAGCAAUGAAGUUCGAGCCGCGCUUGACCAAGAAACUUUUCCGCUGCGUACCUGAGGAGAUGAAGUCCCCCUCUGACAAGGAACUUACCCGCUUCUGCAAGGCCUUGUACAUUUUUCAGCUCAUCUCCGACCUAUUCCCCUUUGCCAGAGGCGGGGAGCUCUGGAACCAGUUUUGGUUGAACUUCUCGCCCUGGGAGAACCAGCAGCUUCGCUGCCUUCAGUUGCUGCUGGCUGACCAUGUGGACGACGUGAUAUGUGCCGACGAUGAGAAGCGUGAUGAACCUCAAUUCCCCAGAAACGAUGGGUACACGCUCACACGUUUCAUGAUCAACCGCGGACUCAUCGAGCUGAAGCGUCUCGAAAAAGACGGUGACGUCCAAGCAACACAGGAGGCUGUUGAUCGCUACGGACGCCAGCGUGCCAGAGGAUGCAAAGAGGAAGCAUGGCACAAGGGCGGCGACGCGCUGUGGCGCUACGACGUAGGACCUCAUGUCUCCCUCAAUGUCGAGCACAUCUUCUCAGCCUAUGCCGACGACGACUCUGGCCCACGGGACAUCUGGCUAUACACUCUGGCAAUGAUGCAUUCGGAGGACCCCAUGUUUCGGGACAGCGAUGAUCACAUGUUCCGCUGCGACCGUUGCACGUCAUACUGGGGCUUUGUCUUCUGGGACAGAGCGAAGCUAGACUGGCACACACAUCGCUGCUAUUUCCCCGAGACCAGCGAGAUGUUGGAGGGAAUUGCAGACCUGGCGGUUGGCCGAGCGCAAUUCCGCCGGUGGAACAGGGGACGGGAGGUGGCUGAAUGCAGAAGCGAUAUCCUUGACGGAUGUUGA